GUUUAAAUUAAAAAAUAUAAAAAUGAGCCAAGGGAAGAAUAACAAUCAACCAUUCACUUUUGGGAACAAUGCUCCUGAAUUUGAUCAACAAUUUCUCUUUUAAAGGUAUGACAUUACUUCUAAACAUUCCAUUCCAUUUACUGAUAUCCAUAUAUAUAUACAUAUGAUAUACCUACAAUUAUAUUAGCAAUCAAAAUUUGAUGCGGAUGCUUGGACCUGAAAUGCAACAAUACCUAUUGAGAUAGCUACUAAAUCCAAGCCUAUACCAAUGCAUCAAUUAAAACUAAUAAUUAAAGGAUUGCUUUCAAGCCUCCAAUUUACUAAGUAAGGAUAACUAUGCUUGUCAUACUCACAAUCUAUCCGAUAUAUAUAUGUUUGUUUGACUAAUUUCUUAGAUUUUUCUGCUUUAAUGAAUGGAAUCGAAAUGUUAACAUAUCUACCAAAUCCUGGAUAAUCAUAACCCCAGCUGAAUUUGUCAAGCAAUCGGUAAGAAGACAAUUCAGGUCGGAAAACAAAAAAUAAUGCAGUCAAUCCUAUAACAAUAACAGUAGAUGAUGAUGAACCACCAUAAACUACUAAGAAAUGUUACAACGUUUAGUGUACGAAUGUUGGGGACAAGAAAAUUAAAUCCAAAAGACAUGAUAUAUUAUUCUUUUGUGACAAAUGUUCUAAAUUAUUUAAUAAAGGAAAAUAUUGCGAUUUUUGCGAAUAAGUAUCAAUAUCCUCAUUUCAUUUAUCAAAGGUUUACGGCUCUUAUGAUGACGAAGCUCGUUGGGUUUAAUGUGAUCAAUGUCAAAAAUGGGUAUGUAAUAUCAACAAUCAUAGAAUCACAUUGCUUGCGAAUAAAAAUAUAGAAAUUAAAAUAUUGAAAAUGAACCAGAAACCACUCCUUAUCAUUGUUUAAGUUGUUCCAAAAACGUUAAGAAAACAAAACCAUUGAAAAAGUCAGAUGAAUUUCCACCUCCUAAAUAGAUACCCAUUCCUGAACAAGAGGAGUGUAAAAAUAAAGAAAAAAACAUUACCUUUGUUGCUACUAAGGACAAUAAAAUACAAUACAGUAUGCUAUGUCGAUUAAGUCUUAGCGUAUCGAUUAAACUUGUUUGAUGAUGAAAUCAAACUGGAUUUGGAUCUCCUUCGAAAUUCGAUUAAAAGAACUAAAAAAGUGCAAUUGGCAUCUCCACCUCAUGUAUUACAAUAAAAUGUAAUGUCGUCUUAAUAAUAAAGUUAGUAAAUGUAACAGCAAUAAGAAGUAAGUAUUCAAUUCUAAUGAAAAGACUUAGGAAUAAUCGUAGUUGAGUAGCAGAAGUUUGAGAAGAAGAAUAAAUUAGAGGAUGAACUACAGAGAUUUAGUUGGAGAAUAUUGAAAGAAU